UGGUGAACUAUGUGCCUGUCGGGACACGCCCCUGCUGACUGCUCCUGUGGCUCCUCCCACAGGCCCCUGUAUAAAGGAGACCUGCGGCCUGAAGAUCGGCCUCAGUCUCCAGGACCUUGUAUGAUAGACACUCACUCCUGGUUCCUUCUUCCAGUCAAUAAAAGCCGAUAUCUCGCCUACGUCUCAGUGUGAGUUAUUGAUGGUGCAUCAAUUUUAUUGACUGGAAGUUUUAAAACAUGGAACCCGUUUUGCGUCCGGACCGGUUGGAUUUGGACCCUCAAGACCCUGACGCGGCUCUCGCUUUUGAACACUGGCUUGCAUGCUUCCAAUCGUACUUGGCGGAGCUUCGUGCGACUGAACCCGCCGUUAUGCACAGAAUCCUACUCUCGAGGGUCUCCUCCAAAGUUUACUCCUUUAUCCGGGACCUGCCGACCUACGAAGGGGCACUGGACGCCCUCAAACGACAGUACCUGCGGCCGGUGAACACCGUCUACGCAAGACAUCGCUUAGCUACCCGGCAACAGCGGCCUGGCGAAUCGUGCGCUGAGUUUCUCCGAGCACUACAGACACUCGUCCGACCUUGCGACUGCAAGGCGCUCACGGCAGAACAGCAUGCGGAGCUGCUGGUGCGAGACGCCUUUGUGACGGGACUGAGGUCAGUGUACAUGCGCCAGUGGCUGCUGGAGAACUCGGAUCUUACCUUAAGCUCGGCGAUAGAGAAGGCCAACGCUCUAGAAGCUGCGCGGCAUAACGCCGACGCUGUCCAGUCGCGCGAUUCCCCGCCGGUUUCGUGGACGCCUCAGACCCCGCCACCGCCGGCUCCCGGGAGCGAAUUCGCCAACGCCGCCGCCAGUCGCCAUUCCACGGACACUUGCAGCCUCUCCACUCUCAAGAUCCCUCCCCCACCGCUGUUCGCCAACCUGACCCCCGACUGUAAACCUGUGGCAACCAAAAGCAGGAGGUACAGCGCGGGGGACCGGGCCUUCAUUCAGUCGGAGGUGCAGCGGCUGCUCAGGGAGGGGAUCAUUGAGCCGAGCACAAGCCCUUGGAGGGCCCAGGUGGUUGUUGUUCGGACUGGGCAGAAAAAUAGAAUGGUGGUGGACUAUAGUCAAACCAUCAAUAGGUUUACGCAGCUUGACGCAUACCCCCUACCCCGCAUCGCGGAUAUGGUCAACCAGAUUGCUCAGUAUAAGGUGUACUCGACAAUAGAUCUGAAAUCCGCUUAUCACCAGCUCCCCAUCUGCCCAGAGGACCGCCCCUACACCGCCUUCGAGGCGGGCGGCCGGCUCUAUCACUUCCUGCGCGUCCCUUUCGGUGUCACGAAUGGUGUCUCUGUCUUCCAGAGGGAAAUGGACCGGAUGGUGGACCAGUACCAACUGCAGGCCACAUUUCCCUAUCUGGAUAACAUCACCAUCUGUGGUCAUGACAGGCCAGAUCACGACGCCAACCUCCAACGGUUUCUCCAAGUGGCCGCAGCUCUGAACCUUACUUAUAACAGGGACAAGUGUGUUUUUGGUACCACCCACCUUGCUAUACUUGGGUAUGUCGUGGAAAACGGGGUUAUUGGGCCUGAUCCCGAACGUAUGCGCCCCCUGUUAGAGCUCCCUCUUCCCACCACUCUCAAGGCCCUCAGACGGUGCCUGGGGUUUUUUUCCUAUUACGCCCAAUGGGUCCCCCAUUACGCAGACAAGGCUCGCCCCCUGGUCAAGUCUACCUCGUUUCCCCUCUCUGCUGAGGCCUGCGCGGCCUUCAACUGCAUUAAAGCGGACAUUGCCAAAGCUACGAUGCAUGCAGUGGACGAGACCGCUCCCUUCCAAGUGGAGUGUGAUGCCUCCGAUUUCGCUCUGGCUGCUACCCUUAAUCAGGAAGGCAGACCAGUAGCAUUCUUUUCUCGCACCCUCCAAGGCUCUGAAAUUCGGCACUCCGCGGUGGAGAAAGAAGCCCAGGCCAUAGUGGAGGCUGUUAGGCACUGGAGGCACUAUCUUGCUGGCAAAAGAUUCACUGUGCUGACCGACCAGCGCUCGGUUGCGUUCCUGUUCAGCAACCAACAGCGGGGCAAGAUCAAAAAUGAUAAGAUUUUGCGGUGGAGGAUAGAACUCUCCACCUACACCUAUGAUAUCCUGUACCGGCCUGGCAGACUCAAUGAGCCCCCUGAUGCCCUAUCCCGGGGAACAUGUGCUAGCACACAGCUCGACCAGCUGUACGCCCUUCAUGCACAACUUUGCCAUCCGGGGGUCACCCGAUUUUACCAUUUUGUGAAAGCUCGGAACCUGCCGUACUCCCUGGAGGACAUCAGGACGAUGACCAGGGACUGCCAAAUUUGUGCCGAGUGCAAACCGCACUUCUACUGUCCUGACACGGCACAACUUGUCAAGGCCACCCGCCCUUUUGAACGCCUGAGUGUUGACUUUAAGGGCCCCCUUCCCUCCACUGACCGCAAUGUCUAUUUUCUCAGUGUUAUUGACGAGUUCUCAAGGUUCCCCUUUGCCAUCCCCUGCCCCGACACCACUGCCACGUCCGUCAUAAAAGCCCUGCGCCAGCUCUUCACUCUGUUCGGGUAUCCCUGCUAUAUCCACAGUGAUAGAGGGUCCUCCUUUAUGAGUGAGGAGCUGCGCCAGUACUUGCUAGCUAGGGGCAUUGCUACCAGUCGGACCACGAGUUAUAAUCCCCGGGGUAAUGGCCAGGUAGAGCGGGAGAAUGCCACAGUGUGGAAGGCCACACUUUUAGCCCUUAAGUCCAAAGGGUUGCCGGUCUCUCGAUGGCAGGAGGUCCUCCCUGAGGCACUGCACUCUAUCCGCUCUCUGUUAUGUACGUCCACCAAUGCCACCCCUCACGAACGCCUAUUCUCUUUUCCCAGGAAGUCUGUCACUGGGACCACCCUACCAGUUUGGCUGACGUCCCCGGGGCCAGUGCUGCUCCGGAAACAUGUGAGGAGCAAUAAAUACUCCCCGCUGGUGGAGAGGGUUCACCUUCUCCAUGCGAACCCCCAGUAUGCUUACGUGGUCUUACCUGAUGGGCGGGAGGACACGGUCUCCAUCCGCGACCUGGCACCCGCAGGUGCAGCAGACCUCUACCCUGAAGGCUCUCCGGUAACUGUGAACCCUGCACCAGAGGUGACACCGUACUCACCAGGCCCUACACAGACUCCUCACGACACUUGUAUACCGGGCGUUUCGUACGCAUUUAUACCAGGCGCCUCGCACAUGCAUGAGGGAUCACCGGCGCCUAGUGGGCAAGAACACGCGCAACCCCCGUCCCCUGUGCAAUCGCCAAUGUUGCCGGCACCUAUGCGGUCACAGCCGGUGCUACGUAGAUCGCAGCGACAGAUUCGACCGCCUGAUCGGCUUGACUUGUAAGAACCUUCGCUACAUGAGGACUUUUUCAAACGAAGAGGGGGUGAAUGUGGUGAACUAUGUGCCUGUCGGGACACGCCCCUGCUGACUGCUCCUGUGGCUCCUCCCACAGGCCCCUGUAUAAAGGAGACCUGCGGCCUGAAGAUCGGCCUCAGUCUCCAGGACCUUGUAUGAUAGACACUCACUCCUGGUUCCUUCUUCCAGUCAAUAAAAGCCGAUA